AGAGACUGUCUCAGUCGCCGCCAGUAAUUGAUUCCCGCGCUGUAAUGUUAAGAUCCAGUCGUCGAAGCGUUUGGGUCGGUACGUUUUCUUCGGUUAACAAAAUAUGUCUGGUCUCGCCUGGUCUGGUCUGGUCUCGUCUCGUCUCGUACGGUCCGGCCUACAUAGCGAGCGGAACGAUCCUUCGAGGAGUACUUGCGUGCGAUCAUCCUCUUGAUAGCCUGGUGGAGCCAGGAAGACCGCUUGGAAGCCCACAGUCGCACGCAGCCGUUUAUCCGAGUUCGUCGUAACCAUGCAUGCAACAUGUAUGAUUUGCGUCUGGCGGAGAGUUCCGUACCGAUGUGGC